GAGAUUGAGGGAAAGAGUUUUCGCACCAGUUUGAACCAAACCGGUGGGAAAAAUGAGUUUAUCGCACCGGUACGGUUCGAACCGGUGCGAAUGCUAUGAAAAAAAAACUGAAAUAUCUUCUUUCUUUCUCUUUCCUCGAAAUCUCCUCCUCUCUCACCUACCUUAGCUUCUCUCUCCUCCUUCAUUCUUCUUCAUCUUCUAUAAGGGCUGCGAUUUUGACCCAAUUUUGAGGAGCCGCGACUUUCCCAGUCACCGUCAUCCUCACCGGAGCCGCUUCGAGGUUCUCAUGACCCACUAUCACCCUCACGCUUCACCUGCUCUCCACGACUCUACCACUAUCGUCACUCUUCGCCGUCACAUUCUUCUCUGCUCCUCCAAAUCUUUCCUUUAUCAAUGUCUUCUGCAUAGAUCUGGUCUAAGUAAUCUCUCUAUCUUUAUUUUAAAGAUUCAAUUUGAAUUGAACAAGUUUGAAAUUCUAGAGUUAAUUUGAUGAAGGCGAUUGUGUUAUUUAUAGUUAUUACAUUUUAAUGUUGAUUAUUGUUCAUAAUAAUCGUGCUAUCUAAGUAUGGAGUAGGCAAUUUGUAGCAUUUUCCUUCGUUCUUUCCCAAAUACCAACUUUGCUUUUCAGUCUAAAUGGCGAAAUUACUCCCUCGAAGAAGCUAUUUCGUUUGUUGGGCGAAAUGGGACUGUCAUUGUUUGUAAAGUUAGUGAACCUUACUUUGAAUUUUUGAACAAUUGGUUGAUUAGUGUACAUCAAGAUAAAAUUUUGGUGAUUGCUGAAGAUUAUAACACUUCGUAUUGGGUUAAUCAAAGGUGGUCUGGUCAUGCUAUGCUAAUUCCUCCAGUUCUUGUAUCUAAUUCUACCCAUGAAUUUGGUUCCUUGGUAUGAUUUUUCUUGCCAUAUUUUUUUCAAUUUAAUUUAUCAUAUUGCUGAUUGAUUACUAUUGCUAUUGGGAGUUUUUUGUUUUUUAGGGUUUUGAUCUGAUUUAGGUGUUUGAUCUUAUGUGAACUUGUUAUUUAUAAGGGCUAGUGUGUUAGUAAAUAGUUUGUGAAAUUGUGAUGUUACUUGUUGAUAUAUUUAGUUUGUGGAGUUGUUCAUGCGCAAGGGAGCUGCUUAUAUUGAGAAUGGAAGAAAUGCAAAUGAUAUAGGGAUGAAAGUUAAGAAAUGUUGAGUGGUCAUAUACUGUUUUAGGCUGUUUUAACCUGUCUUAGUGCACAUAAUUUUUCUUAAGAAAUGCAAAUGAGCAUUUUUACUAUCGCUUUAUGAACAAUGUGCUGAGUGGGGAGUUGAUUUUGGUAAUGUAAUGGCUGCCUUUAAACUUCUAGUACAAAGUUUAAUCAUGCUCUACCUAUUAAUACCUCUGUCUCGAUCAAUUGCAGAUUUGAUGUUUUCUCCCUCUAUCUAUUUGUCACAAGUCUUGAUUAUGUCUUCCAUAAAGUAUAGAAUUAUAUCAAUCACAAGGUCAUAUACUGUUUUAGGCUGUUUUUACUUGUCUUAAUGCACAUAAUUUUUCUUACAUAUUGUUUCUAUCUUGAUCGCAGUGAAGAAUGAUUGUGGUUUUGGGGAGGAUUUGGACAUUAAAGAAAUUUAAAGCAAUUUGCAUUUUAUUUGGACUUGGGUACUUAAUUAUAUUAGACACAUAUACGUGUCCAAGUGUUAAGCUAGACUAUUUUGCGUGAUUGUAUGUCUGAUUUUUGAAAUGGUAUUAUGAACAGAUUGCUUUGGACAGAUUUCUGCCUCAUGUUUAACAGCAUUUUAAUGCUGGUAAACUACUUGCAGUCCUGCGGGAGAGUAUAAUCUCCAGUUAGGAAUCAUACAAAGAAUUGCAUCCCAACAUGUCUUUCCGUGCAGCGCUCAAGUAUUCAAAGACCACCCUUUUCUUUUGAGAUGAAGGCUAAUAUGGAGGGUUACUGUGAGGAUGAGAUCAAGGCAUCUGGCUGUUGUUCCCUCUUCUUGGCAUAUUGAGCCAAUUGAGAAGGUAUCUCAGUUCAUGGGUCCAUUGUCGCAUUCACAGUUCUUCACAAUGUGAAUUGCAAUCAUGGAUUUAUAUACGUGACCUCACAGGGUGUGCUUAAAAUUUGCCAGCUGCCAUCUGGACUGAGUUAUGACAAUUACUGGCCCAUGCAGAAAAUUCCAUUGAAGGGCACUCCCCAUCAAGUCACCUACUUUGCUGAUAAGAAUUUAUACCCACUUAUUGCUUCGUUUCCUGGAGUUUUCUUCAACUGUUAUUUUGUACUCUAUUUGCUUUCCCUUAAGCUGGCACACAGAGUGGUUGGUUACUUGGAAGAAGAGGCAAUUCAUUCAUACACAGAGUAUCUUAAGGACAUAGACAGUGGUGCGAUUGAAAAUGUGUGCGCUCCUGCUACUGCCAUUGACUACUGGAGGCUGCCAAAGAAUGCUACUUUGAAGGAUGUUAUGACUGUGAUCCAUGCUGACGAAGCUCACCAUCGUGAUGUCAACCAUUUUGCUUCUGAUUUGCACUUUCAGGGGAGGCAUCUGAAAGAAGCACCAGCUCCUGUUGAUUAUCAUUAAAGCUAUACAUAAGUCUGCAUAUUGCCACGUAUAUGUUGCCUGUUUUGUUUCAUAAUCUAUUGGCAUGAAUUUAUAAAACUUCUACUGUUUGUGUGAUUAUUUCCUUCCUUCCUUUUCUAGUCUUUAUGGAGCUCAAACAUUGGUCCAACUUAAUAAAUAUACAACAGGUGAUUAUGUAACCUUGUAUGUUAUUUUAUUUUAUAUUUUAUUUUUUUGGAUGAAAAUUGUAAUAUUACA